AUGCUGAACACGGCCUACUGGGGGCUGCCGGAAGCGGCGACUGACGUAAACGCCCUCAAGGAGUUUGAAUUGAAGCACAAAAUAUACAGCUUACAGGUCGGCAUAACGACAAAUGACCUGGAAGUCAAGGUGAUCCUCAGGGCUCUCAUAGAACCCAUUACCGUUUUCGGGGAAGGAAAGUACGAGCGAAGGGAAAGGCUCAAAAAGGUGCUGCUUUACAAGUACGACAGGCUGUUCCAUGAUAAGGAUGUAGCGAACGCAAUCACCGCCUCAAGUGAGGCCAAGAACCUCUACGAUGUUAUGAAGGCUUUCAACAUCGAUCUAUCGAAUGUCUUCUCGAAGAAGGCGGUUUUCUCGGAUUUAGCGCAUCAGGACCAAACUCAGGAUGCGGCUGACAAGGAACUGUUUUAUACGGAAGGUGACGAACGGAUAAAGCAUUUCCGCAGCGAACUCGCCAACGAGACGUGGGCUAGGACACGAAAGCGCAAGGAGGUGAUCCACGAAUAUCGGAACAGUACAGAUCAGUUCGAACAUAAGGACGAUGUGGAGAGGUAUGCGAGCUAUUUAACGGAUUCGCUUUCGCUCGCAUACUCGCAUAUCGCUGCCGAAAGGCCGCUAACGGCUGCGAAAUUCGCGCCAAACAUGAAGUACAUCGCAGUUGGCAGCUUUUGUAGCCACAUCAACGUCUACCAUUACAAGCCUGACGAUAACUUCCCACUUGCAAGGAAGCUGGACAAUGGCUCAAAGGAAAUGAUCCAUUGCCUGGAUUGGCAGUGCAACGUUAACGCCAUAUAUGACAAAAAGUCCGCCAUAGACGCUGUUCAAGACCAUGAGUUGUUACUUGCUACAGGCGGCUCAGGCGGCAGUCUCUCCAUAUGGCGGCCAUUUCCAGAGUCGGAAACCGAACAGAAUCCAGACUUCUGCGUACACAAAACUAAUUUACACGAGGAAAGGGUCAAUCGCAUUCGUUUCCACCCCUUCAAACAAGUUAUACUAAGUUCCUCAACGGACGAGACCGUCAGACUAUUCGACCUGCAGGGCAUGGAAGAGUUGUACGUCCAGGAGGGGCACAGCCACAGCGUGCACGGGCUGGCACUCAACGGCGAUGGCAAUCUCGUUGCUUCGGGGGACAUGCAUGGUGUUCUAAUUAUUAUGGACCUAAGGACUGGCAAACACAUCUUCCAGCAACCUGUGCACAACGGCAAGAUCACUGCAAUUGACUUCCAUCCCAUCAACAACCACAUAUUCGCAACUGCUGCAGACGACAAUGCUGUAAAACUGUUCGACUUGAGGAAGAUGCGCCCAGGCAGUUCGCUCCUCGCACAUACCAAGCUCGUCAGUGACAUGGAGUUCGAACCAACAUACGGACGAUUCCUCGCCACAAGCUCGUUCGACACCCACCUUAAAGUAUGGGACACCGAAGACUACAAAUGCAGAAAAGUGCUCUCCAACAAUGACGCAAAAGUCAUGAGCGUGAAUGUCGCUCCUGAUUCUUCUGCCAUCGUCACAGCGUGCUACGACCGCACGCUGCGUAUAUUCAAGCCGAUCGACGCAUCGGACAGCUCAAUCACAACGGGGCUAUCAAGCAUCAUACACCAGUAA